GCCGCCGCCGCCGCCUGCGGUCCUGCAUCUCUCCCGGCGGGGCGCACGGUCCUGCGUGGCCGGCUGCACUUGGGGGACGGCUGCGGGCGGGCGCGAGUGCUGGGCCAGCGCAAGGGCCGAGUUUCGGCAAAGUUUGACCCGGUUGCCUUUCUGAUGCCGCAGCGGAGCGGGGCGGCGCGGGGCGCGCAAGGCUUCUGCGGCGCGGCGCGGGGCUGAGCGGCGACAGCACGCUCACCAUGAUCGUAAAAUAAAGGAGGCGCGCGGGGUCGGGGCGACAGAACCCCGAGCUUCAGCCUCCGUCCCCGGCCUCCCCCAGUAGCCCCGAGCCUCCUUGACCCCAGUAAAGACAGCCCCAGGACACUGUCAGGGGGAGGGUCGGGGCGUCCGGAGGGCGCGGCCGGGAGCGCGGAGCGGCCGCGGGGCAGGUUCGCUUCGCGCACAGCCCCGGAGCCCCGCACCGCGGCGGGCGGAGACAGCGAUCGCGGCGAGGGACCCGCGGCGCGCCCGCGUGGGGGUGCCCGGCCCGCGCCCGCGAGUGGGACCUCGGCCUCGCGGAAGGAAACUGUGCUCCCGCCGAUUGGGCGCCCCACCGGGUCGGCGCGGGUGCUCGGGCAGCGCGUGCGGAAAGCGGAGGGGAGGAAGCCGGGCGUCUGCGGCGAGGGUAGCAGCGCCACCGACCACGGGGACUGCGCCUGCCUCGCUGCUUUCCCGAAGACUUCGGCAGGUGACCAGAGCAGCCGUCCCUGAGACUGAGACACCGAACAACAUGCUGGUCCAUUAAAUUCGGAACUUUUCUUUUUUUAACUCAAAGAAUAUUGGUGAUUUUUGUCCACUGCUAAGAGAAGAGCAAGGGAGCCCAGGGCUCUUGCGAUGCCGCAAAAUCCUUAUUUAUAACAGGCUCGCGGUCGUGCUAAGCAGCACUCCGGGCUCGCUGAGCUGUUCUCUAUCCUAUGGAUACCCGUCCUGCGCUGUGAGAUCGGCUAGCCCGUCCCUCCGCACUGGGCCGCGCAGCCUCCACCCUUUCAAUGCCCGGUUUCUGCUGGGAUUGCUGGCCUUCCCUAGAGAUCCGGGCGGUGCUGUGUGCCAUGGGCUGCAUCCAGAGCAUUGGGGGCAAAGCCAGAGUCUUCCGAGAAGGGAUUACGGUGAUCGACGUGAAGGCCUCCAUCGACCCGGUCCCCACCAGCAUUGAUGAGUCCUCCAGCGUGGUGCUCCGCUACCGGACGCCUCACUUCCGGGCCUCUGCCCAAGUGGUCAUGCCGCCCAUCCCCAAGAAGGAGACCUGGAUCGUGGGCUGGAUCCAGGCCUGCAGCCACAUGGAGUUCUACAACCAGUAUGGGGAGCAGGGCAUGUCCAGCUGGGAGCUUCCCGACCUGCAGGAGGGCAAGAUUGAGGCGAUCAGUGACUCGGAUGGGGUGAACUACCCCUGGUACGGUAAUACCACAGAGACCUGCACCAUUGUGGGCCCCACCAAGAGGGACUCCAAGUUCGUCAUCAGCAUGAACGACAAUUUCUACCCCAGUGUCACGUGGGCCGUGCCUGUGAGCGAAAGCAAUGUGGCCAAGCUGACCAGCAUCUACCGGGACCAGAGCUUCACCACCUGGCUGGUGGCCACUAACACCUCCACCAACGACAUGAUCAUCCUGCAGACGCUGCACUGGCGCAUGCAGCUCAACAUCGACGUGAACCCCACGCGGCCCCUGGGCCAGCGCGCUCGGCUGCGGGAACCCAUCGCGCAGGACCAGCCCAAGAUCCUGAGCAAGAACGAGCCCAUCCCACCCAGCGCCCUGGUCAAGCCUAACGCCAACGAUGCUCAGGUCCUCAUGUGGAGGCCCAAGUACGGGCCCCCGCUGGUGGUCAUCCCACCCAAGCACCGGUGAUGCCACGGAGCCGCCCGCUGGGUUAGACUCCGGACAACAGCGCGGCUCAGAAUGAAACCAAACGCACUCUUGGGCCCUUGGGCAAAAUACAACCAUUCUACCUUCUUCUCCAGUGGGCGACCUCACUGUGCUGCUGUCCCCCACGGGCGACCCGCUUGGCACCUGCUCCCUCCCCUGCGGGGCCGGAGCGUCCCGUGGUCUCCCCUCCUCGCCAUCUCCGUCUUUCACUUGCAGGCGACUCCCCAGACAUGGCUUUUUCUUUUCCAUUUCUCCCGGUGGGGUUCAGGGCGGGGCUGCCACUGAGGGCUGCCACGGCCACUAUGCUGUUGGUGUCUUGCUGGCCGUCCCCCCCGUGCCCUGCCCUUCGUCUCCUGCCCUCUGCCGCGCGGCCUUAUGUAGACUUGCUUUGCCAAACUUUUGCCUUAAGCUGAAUUUAAAGGAAAGAGAAGAGUCAGAGAGGGAAUAUGGGACCCUGUUCCUGCUGUCCCUCUACCUUCCCAGAGCAUGGCAGCCCCCGAGGUGUUACCUGGGCCCCCCGAAUGCCUGGUGUCUCAGGAGAGAGCUGCAGAGGAGAGGAGGUCUAAGCCAGCUGUCUGCUCUUCUGCUUGGGCGGAGACGGUGCCACAGGCAGGUUUCACCCGGGAGCCCCUCCCUCCCUCUCCCCAUGCCAGGAGCUGGGCAGUGUGUGCGUCUGCUUGGCUUUGCUGUUUUCUGCAGCCUUACGUGGCCUGGGGUGGCUCAAGGAGGAGUGCAAGGGGCCCAUGAUCUAUCUUUGCAGUGUGCCCCUGUGUCCUCAGGCCCUGUCCCCAGGCCUCUCCUCUAAGCAGGUGGCUUUUCCUUUUGCUUCUGCACCAGUCCUGAAGGCCCGGGGCCUCCCCUGCCCCUACUGCCAUGACUGUCCCAGUCUGAGCCUCUGAGGUCCCAUCCCUGUCCAGCUGCACCUGAAGACUUGAAUCUGGUGGCUCCAGCGCCCAGCCACCACCUCUAGAGCACAGCAGAGAGCCAAGACAGGGUGCCCAGAUCAUUCUCAGGGGAUGCCCCCCCAGGCUCUCUGGGGGAGGCUGCACACAGGCCCCAAGCCCAGCGUGGAGGGACACCCUCUCAUGUCAGAGAUGCUGCUGCUUGCUGUCCUCAGGAAGGAAACCCGGGCCCAGGGCUGGGAGGGUCGCCUGGCAUCCAGCCCUGGUUGGGGGCUGGUAGCCACUCCCGGUGUCCACUCUCCAGAAGUCCAGGACACACCAUCAGCCCUGCGCUUUGGGGGACACCUGCUGGAGCCCCGCUCCUUCAGGCUUGCCACGGGCCUUGCUGUGCGGAGCAUAGCCAGGCACAGAACCUGUAGACCAGAAAAUAAUCAUUUCCGUUCACCUGAGCCACUGGUAGAGCGUCCCAGGGAGAGGUUCGUGGGCCCCGGGCCCAGGCUGUCCCUGGGAGGGGCAUAGGGGACUGAGGGCUGGAUUCCAGGCAGUGUGGGGAUAGCCCCUGAGUGCUCGGGAGCCCAAGCCGGGGCCCAGAGGAGCUGUGGCCUUGCAUGUGGGAGUGGGGGCCCGGCAUCCCCAGACUUGGCCUCCCCGUAAGGGGCCCUCUCUACACUCAGGUCUUUCUUGCACUAAUGAAGAGGCGGGCCCUAGCAAGGGGUCGAGAAGUUGGGUUCUCAUCCUGGGCUGGGUCAUCACUGAGGGGUCUUCCUAGAAGUAGGGUUGGGGAGCAGGAAGGGCAGGAAGGGGGUCCUCAAACCCACGUUUCUUUUUCAUCUACUACUUGCUGUAUAGGCCAGGCUGUCCUCAAACUCAUGGCAAUCCUCCUGCCUCAGCCUCCCGGGUGCUGGGAAGACAGGAGUGUGUCGCCCUGCCCAGUUCCAGACCCACAUUCUGUGCGUGUGAGCAGCCUCACAGCCCAGGAUCCUCCCCUGCAUGUCCCUGCCCCACUGUGGCUCCCCUUUCUCCCUGAACCCCCUUUCCCUCCCUCCUGCCUCAUGAAAGGUGGGGUUGGGAGACCCCAGAGAUGCCAGCUGGGGCUGACCCCUCGGCUCCUUCCACCUUGGAGCACAGGCCCAGGCCUGUCCACUGGGGCCCCACUUCCACUGAUGCCCCCCACCCAGCGCAGCGUGGACACUCACUCCUCCAGCAAUAAGAACCGUCCUCAGCUGCGGAGAUUACUGUGAAUUGAACCAGUGCACUUACGGGAGCACAAGGCUCUUGAAGGCAAUGUACAGUGAACUUUUUUUUUAAGAUUUCAGAUGAUAACAGAUAUCAAAAGAAAUAA